ACCUGAUAUAUUAUUUUAAUCUUUUAUUUUCCUAUUUUUUCUUUGAUUUUUCUCUUAAAUUAUUUCCUUCGAACACCUUUUUCGGAAAUGUUUAAUUUAACAUUUCUUAGUAGUCUCGCCUGGGAUCGGUUCUGAAGUCCGAACGGAAAAGUGGGUUAACAACCAGAAACUAGUAAAUGCAGACGCAGUCGACGGAAUCCACUUCUUGUGGAAGGUGGCCGAUUUCUAUCCACACCGACUUCCUACCAAUUCCACAAAACGAACAGAACCGAACUACUCUCAUUCAAAAACCAAAACAAAUCGAUAACAUUCCAAUUUUAUAUUAAUUAGUAUCAGUAAAAGUGCAGUGCUUUCUCAUCGUCAGUGAUUUAAUAUUGAGUGUUGUUGCCUGUUGUUUGAUGGAUAAAUUUUAAAUUAAUCAUUAUCGAAAGGAUGAUUCUGCAACUAUCCUGUUUGAUCCUAUCGUUGUUCACAAUUAACAAAGUACAAGGACACGGAAGACUGAUAGAACCGCCGAGUCGGGCAUCAGCCUGGAGAUACGGUUUCAACACCCCGCACAAUUACAACGACCACGAGCUGUACUGCGGCGGUUUCACCAGACAAUGGGUGAAGAACGAGGGCAAGUGCGGCGUGUGCGGCGACCCCUGGGACUCAAAGACACCUAGGGCGCACGAGUACGGCGGCACCUACGGCCAGGGCGUCAUAGUCCGCAAGUACGGCGUCGGCGGCAUCAUCAACAUCCGAGUCGAACUCACGGCGUCCCACUUCGGCUACUUCGAGUUCGCCAUCUGUCCCGACUACAAGACGGCGACGCAAGAGUGCCUGGACAAGAACGUGCUGAAGCUGGCCCGGCGACAGGACGGCGACACCAAGUUCUACCCCAAGGACGGCAACAAGGUGUACGAGAUCAAGUACCGCCUGCCCAAGAAGUCCUGCGAGCACUGCCUCCUCCAGUGGCGCUACGUGGCCGGCAACAACUGGGGCAACUGUCCCAACGGCACGGGGGCGGUGGGCUGCGGCCCUCAGGAGGAGUUCAGGGCGUGCGCCGACAUCAGCAUCACCGGCAAGGCCACCGACGAGGAAAUGGUGCCGGAAUACACGCCGGAAACCACCACGGCCCAAGUGCCGGUGCCGGAGCCCGCCUACAACCCCAUCUCCACCCUCAUCAUAUCGCUGGUGUCUUUUUUAGUGGUAUUUUCAAUAUUGUUCCUGUUAUACUUUCAUUUCUACCAGAUUGGUGGUAAGAUUAAACAAUGGAUUGGGAAAAAAACGCAGAAGCCGCAGGAGAAACAGGCGGAGAACAUGAAGAACGUGAACGUCGUCCCCAGGCCGCCUCCAAGGGUGAAGAAACACUCCGGCCACGUGCAGGACGGAAUGUACGACGUCAAUUUGAAAGCCAACGAAAGCUUAGCCUAAUCAAUUUUGCACGGACUUAUUUAAAUUGAAAUAUGAUCUGGACAAUAAGUUAUGUAAUUUAAUAUUAUUGAAUGUUGUGCUGUAUCAUUUGUUACAGUUGGAUAAUAUUUAUUCAAUUGACACUGCCUUUGUUGUGCUACACACAAUGAACUAAGUUAUUUUUUGUAGAUAAGAAUUGUUUGUAAAUAAUUAUUAAUGUUAAUGCAAUUUAAUCGGUUAUUUAUUAAAAGGAAUCAAGUCAAUUUUUUACUACUAUUACAUGUUUUUCCCAUUAAAGACAUUUUUCCUAAGAUUGUCUCUAGUCCUUUUAGUAAUAAUCGAAUAUUAUUGAAUAAAUUUAAUACUGAUUUAAGUGUUUUUUAUUUUAUUUUUGU